AGGUGUGCGGACGGAGCGUCCAGUGCCUCGGUGUCGGCUCCUCUCAGAUUUUCUCUCUAACUUUCAUAACUUCGCUCCCUCCACAGCUUGUAAGAUAUGGAGACGUUUCUAUUCACAUCCGAGUCUGUCAACGAGGGACACCCCGACAAGCUGUGUGACCAGGUGUCUGAUGCUGUCCUUGACGCCUGCCUCGAGCAAGACCCUGACAGCAAGGUUGCAUGUGAAACUUGCACAAAGACCAACAUGGUCAUGGUUUUCGGAGAAAUCACCACCAAGGCCAAGGUUGACUACGAGAAGAUAGUCCGUGACACAUGCCGCAACAUCGGUUUUGUCUCUGCCGAUGUCGGUCUUGACGCUGACAACUGCAACGUGCUGGUCAACAUCGAGGAGCAGAGCCCCGAUAUUGCUCAGGGUGUCCAUGGUCAUUUCACCAAGCGCCCGGAAGAGAUCGGAGCCGGUGACCAGGGUCACAUGUUCGGGUAUGCCACCGACGAGACCCCCGAGUUCAUGCCCCUCAGCCAUGUGCUUGCCACAAAGCUCGGUGCUCGCCUCACCGAGGUGAGGAAGAACGGGACUUGUCCAUGGGUGAGACCUGAUGGCAAGACUCAGGUGACGGUUGAGUACCAGAACGAAAACGGUGCCAUGGUCCCUGACCGUGUCCACACCGUUCUCAUCUCCACCCAACACGACGAGACAGUCACAAACGACGAGAUUGCCCGUGAUCUCAAGGAGCAUGUGAUCAAGCCCGUCAUCCCGGAGAAAUACCUCGACGAGAAAACCAUCUUCCACCUCAACCCGUCAGGCCGGUUUGUCAUCGGUGGACCCCACGGGGAUGCUGGUUUGACCGGACGAAAGAUCAUCAUAGACACUUACGGUGGUUGGGGAGCCCAUGGUGGUGGGGCAUUCUCAGGGAAGGACCCAUCAAAGGUGGACAGAAGCGGAGCUUACAUAGCCAGGCAGGCUGCCAAGAGCAUAGUGGCCAAUGGACUUGCUCGAAGGGCACUGGUUCAGGUCUCGUACGCCAUUGGAGUGCCCGAGCCAUUAUCAGUCUUUGUCGACACAUAUGGAACAGGUAAGAUCCCCGACAAGGAGACUCUGAAGAUUGUGAAAGAGAGCUUUGAUUUCAGACCAGGAAUGAUCUCCAUUAACCUCGACCUCAAGAGAGGAGGCAGUGGAAGGUUCUUGAAGACUGCGGCUUAUGGGCACUUCGGUCGGGAGGACACUGACUUCACCUGGGAGGUGGUGAAGCCUCUCAAGUGGGAGAAGCCUCUAUCUUAAUAAUGGACCCAUUUCGCCCUUACAAGUGGCUUGGCUUAUGUCUUCUUACCCGUUUGUAUUCAUUCUGAUGUUUUAAAAACUCUCUCCGCUCUGUCCUUGGGAAUUUCUAAUUCUGUUUUUGGUUUGGUUUCUUUGUUGAUCGUUGUAUUGUAUUUUACCCAUUUUGUUUUAGAUUUGGUUCUUUCUUC